GUGAAGCUAAGGCUCAAGCGGAAAGAUGGCGAUCAUGUCCUUUGUGCUUGUGUUGUUGCUGGCUCUGCAUGGAAGUGCUCUUGGCCAAACUUUGAGCUCCAGCUUCUACGGCUCCUCGUGCCCAAAUCUCACCACCAUCGUGAGAGAUGCAGUGCAGCAGGCCGUCCAGGCAGAGGCUCGAAUCGCAGCCUCGUUUGUUCGCCUCCAUUUCCACGACUGCUUUGUCAAUGGAUGUGAUGCUUCCAUUCUUCUCGAUGGCGCAAACCUGGAGCAAAACGCGCUUCCAAACGCUGGCUCCGCCCGUGGCUUCGACAUCGUCGACUCCAUCAAGAGCUCCGUCGAGAGCUCCUGCCCGGGCGUUGUCUCCUGCGCUGACUUACUGGCGCUCAUUGCCCGGGACUCCGUAGUCGCGCUGAACGGGCCUUCGUGGACGGUGGUGUUUGGAAGGAGGGAUAGCUUAACAGCAAGCCAAUCUGCCGCAAAUGCCAACCUUCCUCCUCCAACUUUGAAUGCCUCAGCUCUCAUCACGAGUUUUCAAAACCAGGGGCUUUCAACCACAGAUAUGGUGGCUCUCUCCGGGGCUCACACCAUUGGGCAGGCCCAGUGCACCACCUUUAAGGCUCGGCUCUACGGGCCCUUCCAAAGAGGUGACCAGAUGGAUCAAAGUUUUAACACCUCAUUGCAAAGCUCGUGCCCGAGCAGCAAUGGCGACACCAAUCUCUCGCCGCUCGACGUCCAGACGCCCACCAGCUUUGACAAUCGGUACUUUAGGAACUUGCAGAACCGGACAGGGUUGCUCUUCUCGGACCAGACGCUCUUUUCCGGGGACCAGGCCAGCACGAGGAAUCUCGUCAACUCAUACGCUUCGAGCCAGAGCACUUUCUUCCAGGACUUUGGCAAUGCAAUGGUAAGGAUGGGCAAUAUCAAUGUGUUGACUGGAUCCAAUGGAGAGAUUCGAAGAAACUGUGGAAGAACAAACUAGCAUGAGAAGAAGUAUACUUGAUAAACACCUUCGAACCAAGAGAUAACUUUUAUAUAUUGAAAAAAUCUAGUUCACUUUGCGACAGUAUU